AGGAAGCUAAUAUGUUAGCUGAUUCUAACACACAGUCGCGAAUUCCCAGGUUGUCGCGCGUGCGGUUUUUUUUUUUUUUUGGAACGAUAGGAAUUUCUCCCUUAAAUGAUGUUUUAUAUUUGUUUUUGUUUAUUUUUUCCUGUUGCUAUGCCACCGGUAAAUAAAACAUGACGCGGCUGUGUGGGGAGAAUGCUGAGGAUAUGAUGUCGGUCGGCUUCACCGGGACGGGUUUAUUUUGUGUCACGCGCCGCUCUGUGGUUUAAUAAUGAGCUCGGAGGGGUCCGUUAGCCAGUCAGCGCUGUUGCUAUGGAAUAUUAGCUCGCUAAUAACACUGGCAUGGUUUAGUAUUUUUACUUUGUCUUCCGAAAGCUUUAUCAUAUUUUUUAGGUUAUUUUGUAAUUAACUGGAUAACACAUCGGUUUAAAGUAAAUGUUGAGUGAAACGUCAGCGAGCUAGCUAAUAAAUACUUUACCUAGAUACAUAACUAGCAUAGCUGAGUUAGCUGGUAAAACUCUUAUCGAGAAGAAUAACAGGCUGGUUAUUUUUUAUUUCCCUAAGAAAGGGGGAACAACUUGGUUUUAUGGCUUAAGUUUACAAACCAGUUCUGUUUUUUUUUUUAAAGCAAAACUUUCACACAACAAUAAUCAAUAUUCGCGUCAAUCCAGUGAUCAUGCUAACAACCCGACUCCGAACCGACUCUAAUGUAAGUUAAGUUUAAACAUUUUUGCUCAGUGAUUUGACAGUUUGACUCCGAGUGUGAGGGAGUUAAUAAUUGAGGCCCUGCUUGAUUUCCACUUGAGAUCUGUGACACUCCAGCAGCAGGGAGUUGGUCUGUCAGCUUUCUGAUUGACUCUAAGGAUUAUUUAUUGUCUGAUCAACUCUAAACCAGCAUGAAGAACUCCAUAGUGAAGACAAAGAUGUGAAAGGUUGACCUUUUUUCCCCCUCGUCAUGACUUCAGUGCACUGGAGGCUGAAGUGUUCUACAAAUAAAUAACAUUUCUAAGGAUUUAUGGAUAUGGAUUACGUAUAUUUAUAUGGAUUUGUCUAGAUCCACUGUCUAGAUCUCUGUUAACAUUGGUCUUCUUGGGAAAACUGUUUGUGUACAAACAUGGGAGAAACCAGCCUGAACGACUCGAACGUCAAGGUGGCUGUCCGUGUCCGACCCAUGAACCGGAGAGAAAAGGACCUGAACACAAAAUGUGUGAUAGAGAUGGAGGGGAACCAAACCUUCCUGCAUCCAGCAAGCGGGAAUCUGGGAAAAUCCGACUCAAGCAGGAGUCAGCCCAAGGUUUUUGCAUACGAUUACUGCUUCUGGUCGAUGGACGAAUCCGAAAAGGAAAAAUAUGCAGGACAAGACAUCGUGUUUCAGUGUCUUGGGGAGAGUCUGUUGCACAAUGCCUUCCAGGGUUACAAUGCCUGCAUCUUCGCAUACGGGCAAACCGGCUCAGGGAAGUCGUACACCAUGAUGGGCUCGGCAGACCAGCCAGGUCUGAUCCCACGGCUCUGCAGCUCACUGUUUGAGCGCACGCUCCAGCACCAGCGAGAGGAAGAGAGCUUCACCGUGGAGGUCUCUUACAUGGAGAUCUAUAAUGAGAAAGUUCGGGACCUCCUCGACCCAAAAGGGAGUCGCCAGGCUCUGAAAGUGCGAGAACACAAAGUCCUGGGGCCAUAUGUGGAUGGACUGUCUCGGCUCGCCGUGGCAAGCUACAAGGACAUUGAGUCGUUAAUGUCCGAGGGGAAUAAAUCUCGCACCGUGGCCGCCACCAACAUGAAUGAGGAGAGCAGUCGCUCCCACGCUGUUUUCAACAUCAUCCUGACACACACACUCCGUGACCUGCAGUCCGGGACCAGCGGGGAGAAAGUGAGUAAGCUGAGUUUGGUGGAUUUGGCUGGAAGUGAGAGAGCAGCUAAGACCGGUGCGGCUGGUGAGAGGCUGAAGGAAGGCAGCAACAUUAAUAAGUCUUUAACCACACUGGGGCUGGUGAUCUCAGCGCUGGCUGACCAGGGUGCAGGAAAGAACAAGAACAAGUUUGUGCCUUACAGAGAUUCUGUGCUCACAUGGCUUCUUAAGGACAGUUUAGGAGGAAACAGUCGGACCGCCAUGGUGGCCACAGUGAGUCCGGCUGCUGAUAACUAUGACGAGACCUUGUCCACACUGCGCUAUGCAGACCGCGCCAAGAGCAUCGUCAACCACGCCGUCGUGAACGAGGAUCCCAAUGCCAGGAUCAUCCGAGAACUGAGAGGGGAGGUGGAGAAGCUCCGGGAUCAGCUCACACAAGCAGAGUCCAUGAAGGCUCCAGAGCUGAAGGAAAGGCUGCAGGAGUCUGAGAAGUUGAUCCAGGAGAUGACUGUCACCUGGGAGGAGAAACUGAGGAAGACUGAGGAAAUUGCACAGGAGAGGCAGAAGCAGCUGGAGAGUCUGGGCAUCUCUCUGCAGUCGUCAGGGAUCCGUGUGGGAGAGGAUAAAUCCUUCCUGGUCAACCUUAACGCUGACCCUGCUCUCAACGAACUGCUGGUUUACUACUUAAAGGAACACACAAUGGUGGGCUCGGCAGACUCGCAGGACAUUCAGCUGUGUGGCAUGGGCAUCCAGGCCGAGCACUGCAUCAUUAACAUCACUCCUGAGGGAGCGGUUUUCCUCAAUCCAUACAAGAAUUCCAGGACGUGUGUGAACGGCUCUCCAGUCACAAGCCAACAGCAGCUUCACCAUGGCGACCGCAUACUGUGGGGCAAUAACCACUUCUUCAGAAUAAACCUUCCGAAGCGGCGUCCUCAUCCUGUGACUGAGGAGGAGGAAGGUGAGGGGGAUAACAUGAAGAACAGCAACAGCAGUGAACAGCUGGAUGCAGAUGGAGAUACGGCCAGCGAAGUUUCCAGCGAAGUCAGCUUCAGCUACGAGUUCGCACAGACAGAGGUCAUGAUGAAGGCACUGGGGAGCAACGACCCCAUGCAGGCUGUGCUGCAGAGUCUGGAGCGACAGCACGAGGAGGAGAAGCGAACAGCCUUGGAGCGACAGCGGCUGAUGUACGAGCAGGAGCUGCAGCAGCUGCGCAGACGGCUCACCCCUGAACGGCAGAGCACGCAGACCCAGCAGCACUACCGCAGCAUGGAGAGACUCAGCCUGGGUGGGGCUUCGUCGUCUUCUCGUCUGCGCCAGUGGAGUGAGGAAAGGGAGGCGGUGCUGACGCGGAGUUUGCGGAAACUUCGGGAACAGAUCGUAAAAGCCAACUUGCUGGUGCAGGAGGCAAGCUUCAUCGCUGAGGAACUGGACAAGAAAACUGAGUACAGAGUCACUCUGCAGAUUCCUGCUGCUAACCUCAACGCCAACAGGAAGCGUGACGCUGUGCUGAGUGAGCCUGCCAUCCAGGUGAGACGGAAAGGUAAAGGCAAGCAGAUCUGGGCUCUGGAGAAAAUGGAGAACAGACUGGUGGACAUGAGGGAGCUCUAUCAGGAGUGGAAGGACUAUGACGAGGAUAAUCCCGUGAUGCAUUCAUACUUUAAAAGGGCAGACCCUUUCUUUGACGAGCAAGUCAAUCACAGUCUGAUUGGCGUGGCUAAUGUCUUCCUGUCCUGCCUGUUUUAUGAUGUGAAGCUGCAAUACGCCGUGCCGAUCAUUAACCAGAAAGGAGAGGUGGCAGGGCGGCUGCAUGUGGAGGUUGUGCGUGUUGCUGGAGGUGUAGAGGACAGCAUGGCUGGAGGGGAAGACGGGGACAGCAGCCCUGAGGGAGAUCCUCUUGAGCGCAAGCUCGUCUGUAUGAUUAAGAUCUUGCAGGCUACAGGCCUGCCCCAGUACCUGUCCAACUUUGUCUUUUGUCAGUACUCAUUCUGGGAUCAGGCCGAACCCAUCAUUGUGGCUCCCGAGGUGGACCCGUCUACAUCAUCUCCCAGCAGCAAAGACCCUCACUGCAUGGUGGUAUUCGACAGCUGUAAGGAACUGGCUGUGGCAGUAACAGAGGAUUUCAUCGAGUAUCUAACUGAGGGAGCGCUGGCUAUUGAGGUGUAUGGCCACAGGCAAGCUGAUCCAGGCAGGAACCUGGCCCUGUGGGACCUUAGCAUUAUUCAGGCCAAGACUCGCACAUUGCGCGACAGGUGGAGCGAGGUGACACGAAAGCUGGAGAUGUGGGUGCAGGUCCUGGAGCUGAAUGAGUGUGGAGAGUACAUGCCCGUUGAGGUGGUGUCAGCCGGAGACGUUCGCACAGGGGGCAUCUUUCAGCUGCGACAGGGUCAGUCUCGGCGGGUGCAAGUAGAGGUGCGUUCGGUGCAGGACUCUGGCACAAUGCCACUGAUAGCUGAGAUCAUUCUGGGCGUAUCCAUUGGGUGUGUGGAGAUCAGACAGGCUCGCCCUGCUAAAGGCAACGAUUUACAACAGUCGGAAGGGGAUGAAAUGGACAGCUAUCAGGAGCGAGACCUGGAGCGGCUGAGACGCCAGUGGUUGGCUGCUCUCACUAAAAGACAGCAAUACCUGGACGAGCAUCUCCAGAGUCUGGUCAGCAAAACGGAUAAGUCGGAGGAUGAUGUGGAGCGCGAGGCUCAGCUGCUUGAGUGCCGUCUGACGCUCACUGAGGAGAGGAAUGCAGUUAUGGUGCCCUCUGCUGGCAGCGGCAUCCCAGGAGCACCUGCAGAGUGGGUACCGGUUCCUGGGAUGGAAACUCACAUUCCAGUGCUCUUCCUUGACCUGAGUGCUGAUGAUUUUAGCUCCCAAGAAAACCUGGACAGCCCAGAAGCCGGCGGCUGGGAUGCCAUACUGAACGGAGAGGAUGAGGACGACUUCUUUGAUCUGCAAAUUGUCAAACACUACGAUGGAGAGGUGAAAGCUGAGGCCUCCUGGGACUCCACGGUUCAUGAGUGUCCUCAGCUGAGUCGAGGUGGAGCUCCAGACCAGAGGGUCUACCUGACCAUACGCACCGUGGUGCAGCUCAGCCACCCGGCAGAGAUGCAGCUCGUCCUGCGCAAACGCAUCUGCGUGAAUCUCACCGGACGACAGGGUUUUGCCCAGAACUUCUUAAAGAGAAUGUCCACACGGAGCACCGUGCCGGGCUGUGGGGUGACCUUCGAGGUUGUGUCUAAUAUCCCAGGGGAUGCUCAGAGUUCCGAGGACAGGGAGAUGCUCGCUCGCAUGGCCGCCAACACCGAGAACCCCAAAUCAUCGGACAACGAGGCGGCCAUCGAGAAAUACCUGCGCAGUGUCCUGGCCGUGGAAAACAUCCUCACGCUGGAUCGCCUAAGACAGGAGGUAGCUGUGAAGGAGCACUUGGCUGGGAAAGGAAAGGGAAGCAGACGGAGCCUCAGCUCACCCAGUGUGCACAGGCUUUCUGGAAGCAGACAGGAUCUGUCUCCAAACUCAAGCCUAGAGGACAACAAGAAUCGAUGGGAAAGUCAGCAGGACAUCUUCCUGACGGCUCCACAGUUCAGCCGCACGCUGCCUCGGCCCGCCAGAGACCCCACGCCGCCGCCACAGGGCCAGAGUCCACCCCAAACCCAGGAUCCAGAGCAAGUCAAGGCCCUCGUCCCUCAGAUGCCCAAGCUGCUCAAGUCCCUUUUCCCUGCUCGCGAAGACAAGAAGGACCUGCGUCCCUCUCCACAAUCACAACAGCACGUGCCUCGGAUCAUGAUGCAAACUAGCAUCGGCCCAGAUGAAAGCAGAGUUCGAGCAGAACUGAUGCCAGUGAUUGGAAGGAGUCCUGGCUCUGAGAAACCCUCAGACAGCCCUGAUGUAUCCAUGUCCUCCAUGCAGCACUCGCAUGAGCUGCCCCUCAGCCCUAUGAGUGAAGCUUCCAGUGGCUAUUUCUCCACCAGCGUCUCCACCACAACCCUCUCUGAUGUCUCUGCAGCAUCCGGGGACCUCACCCUGAGCCCCAACACCUACGAUAUGUCCCGGCGUGGUGCAGACGAGUGUGAGGACACUUGCGUUCCUCCUGCAGAAACCAGGAUAAAGCACGAUGAGGCACCUCAGCAGAACCUGAACCCCAAAGACCUACAGCCUGCUCCUCGGAACGGCGUUCCCUGUUCUAACUCUGAAACAAAACUAGUAACCGUCCCUACUUUAGUACCUAAAGCUGCUACAGAUUAUGCGUUCUCCCUCCAGAAGGUCAAACCUUCAAACCUCAAGUCGUUCAGCCCUAUACUGCCUGAGGAGGAGGAGGAGAAGGAGAAAAGAGAAAGAGGCAGGGCAGAGGGCAGCUGUGAUGUAACAAGCAGACAUAUUGAACUCCCUCGCUGGCUCAGAGUUGGAGAAAGCGUCAUGGUGGCCAACAGUAAGAGUGGCACAGUGCGUUACGUUGGGCACACGGACUUUUCUGAAGGCACCUGGGUUGGAGUGGAGCUCGACACGCCCGCAGGUAAAAACGAUGGCUCUGUAGGAGGCCGUCAGUAUUUCCGUUGCAAUCCCGGUUACGGAGUCCUUGUGCGGCCGGACCGUGUGAGUCGGCGCGACGCAUCUAGACGGCGUAGCGGCGAUUUCCUACAGAUUAAAGCAGGUUCAGGCCUGACCAGUCAGAAAGCAGAGAACCGUAAAUCCUGGAGCAACUAAACGCUGUUCCUUCCUGUACGAGGACCGAAUCCGAUUCACGCACUUGUUCUGUGUAACCCUGGUGCUCGGUUCUACACGGAGGAGCGACGGCGUUUUCACCUCUACACCAGCGUACCUGCUCACGUGACGAGUCGCAUCUCAACACUGAAUAAACUCUGCGAGUCGAAACUCGAAUAGAACAAGGAAUCCUGUUCUCUGGGGGUCGAACGGGCGAUUUUUAUCCGGCCCCGAUUCUCUCCUUUUGUAGACUCAUGUUUUACGUGAUUAUGCAUGAUUAAUCUUCCUCCCCUGUAGUCAAUAAUCUGUGCUGAGAACCCCGAAUGUGCCUUUGUGAUUCAGGAUUCCCCCACCCACCCACCCACCCACCCACCCUUGUCCCUUAUUCCUCUAACACUAGCAAGAAAGCUUUCUGUAAGCAUGUGGUCUGAUCUCAGGGAUUGGUCAGAGAUAAUGGUUGUAUCUGAUGUAAGAGAAAGAAAGUUCUGCAUCAGAAGAUGCCAAAAUUGUGGUUUAUGCAUAUAUAUACUUGUACUAGGUGUAACUGUAAAGGCCUACUCACACCAAACAUGCAUUUUAUGUUUAAUUUAAAGUUUAGUUUUUGUGGUUUUUGGAUGAUCUUUGGCAGUUCAUAUCAUAUCUUAAACAUUGAUCGCUCGUAUUAGAGCUGUACGAUCCUUUAUUUUAAAAAUAAACCAUAUCAGUGCUUUUAGUGGGAAGUGCAAGUUUAUGGCCACAGCAUUAUUUUAGCCCCGAUGUUGCGUCAGUAGAUCGUCUAAUCUAAUCGUCGAUAAAUUAAACAAAUCUAAUUUUAAUAAACAUGCACGCGAACGCUGCUAGAGAUCCGCUCCCUGCAAUUUGCAGAAAAUACACAUCGAGCCAAGUGUGUGGGGAAAACCAUUUCCAACUCUUUUACACUUUCAUAAUUCAUCGUGUUUAGUAUGAGUAGGCCUAAAGACAGGAAGUUGCAUUUCCGAUGCGACGUGCUGUACUGUAUUUAUUGCCUGUACGAGAGUAAGAUAAAGAUGGAAUUGCAUUCGGAGAAAAGUCUGUAGCUCAUAUGGGGAAGGCCACUACAUACCUCAGAGCACGUAGCACGUAGACGCGAGCGGUUUAAGAGAGCGGAUCAGUUUAACGUUGCACUGGAAUUCAUGAGGAUAAACCUCCAGUUAGAAAUGGCACGUUGAAUGACGUGUAAGAAAUGUUAGUUACAGUUACUGACACCAGGGAGAUCAUUUUAGUGAUUCAUGAAGUUCAGUCUUCCGUGAGGAGCUUUGAAUUUAGCAAAGAUAAGAGGACGGACCAAUUCCUGGCAGUGCCUAAGGCUACACUAUAUUCAUUUGCGUAAAGCGAAUAAAUAGAAAGAAAGUCAUUCCAAGUGAAAGUACUAAAUGGUUUUUGCAUCAUUACACAGUCGGAGAUGCACGUACUUCAGUAUGAAGGAGCAUGAAUGAAUGUUCUUGCACAUGGGAGCAGACCAGAAAGAUGGGUUAUACCAUUGCAUUUUAAUCCUUACCCUGUGUUCACACUCGCACACGACGAGCCAAUCAAUCGUGGCGCUGGUUCAGUGUCGCACAGUCCUUCCUCAGACGGUAACGGCUUUAUACAGCUUCGAAAGCUAACUAGUUAAAUGCAGAUUAAAGUAACGCGUUAAUCAGUGUUUGAUGUAGCUGUAAUUAGCUGUACUAGUUACAUACACUCACCAACGAUCUCUGCUACUUCCUGCCAAGCUUUAUUUUUUGCUUCAUAAUGUCUCUGUACACAUUUAUCAAGAGAGCGUAUAAGACAGGGAUAAGAUAAAAGCACUAAGUCUUUGAUUCAUUUUUGAGCAUCAGACAGCAAAUGGGAACAUCGUACCACACAUCGGUCCAGCGAAUCGUGCGAGCCAGUCGUUUGGAUUUGUCGCUUUAUGGCGUUUUGGGAAAAUCUCACUUUGUCGCUUGCUAGUGUGAACGCAGGGUUAAAGUCGUUAAUGUGAUUUUUCUUAAAUCGAAUGCAAUAUUGAUAUUAUUAAAGUAUAUGUUAAUGAUUAUAGAUAGCCAUGUGGAUUUUUUUUUCCUAAAAGUUUGCAAUUUAGGAAUCCCUUUCAAUUAAAAUAUUGCACAUUUUGAUUUGAUUUAGAUUAGACGUGUGCCCACGCAGUGGGCGUCUUUCCUUGUUUUAUAGCGGGUUAAAUUCUAACCAAGGACUCGGUGCUGAAAUAAAAAGCCAUCGUCUUUUUAACUCCCAAGUGUCCCUAGGAAGGGGUAAGACUUCCUUAAAGUAGUAUUUAUUUUCCUGAGUUUGUUUUCUUUGAUAACUCCAGAGUCUUCUAACUAAUAGAACUGUUUAGUGGAAGUGUGUGCAUGUGCGUUGUCAUUAGACAUGGUUUCUUCAUCUUGUCAUUGUCUUGGAAAUGCAUCUUUUUUUUUUUUUUUGAAAUCAGGUCUGUGCCUUGUGCAGCAAGAUAUCUGAAAAAAUUACGCACAAGUAGCUCAGAAUAGUGCUGCUCUGAUCAGAUUAGCAGACGUGCAGACAUCAGUCAGCAAGAUGAGUAUGGAGGUUACUGGCAAAUAAAUAAAAACCGUAUUUAAACAAUUUUAUGAAUUGCAGAUACAGAUUUUAUAAAAUCAUCAUUAAAAACAUUUUUUUUGACUCCCUUUGUGUAUUUACACGUCCAUUUUUACACCAAUUUCAACAUUUUGUCUAAGCUCCGCCCCUUUAGCAGUCAGUAGCUGCCUGCUUGGCCCCACCUCUCAAGAUAUUUCAGUAGUGUUUAAUUGCGUGUUUUGUAGAUGUAGCCUGAACACUGUGAGCAUGUCUAUUGUGUUGUCCUGUACGUUCAUAAAAUUACAACGUCCUUGAUUUCUUUACGAUUCAUUACGUAGACGAGAUCGUUUUUGUGCUGUGAGCUGUCUGUCUGUGCGGUGGUCCCCUCUCUCCCCCUCACCGGCUUGGCUUUUAGCACAUUUUAGCAGAACUCGCAUUAACGUCCUAAACUAUUUCAGUGAUGCUUUUAUUCUAUCCAGUGUUGUAAAUGUGGCUGGUAUUAAGUGUAAUCAUGAGUGUGAUGAGUUGCUGCUAGAGAAUCCUCACAGAUUUUUAUCCCGCAAGUGCAGACAAUAAAGAAUUGCCAGGUUUAAAUCUGUACGGUUUUUCUCAUGAUUUUGCAGACAAAAAUCGUUUUUAAAAAAAUAAAUAAAUAAAAAAAUUGGUUGUGAGUUGAGAUCAGAGGUCUUGCAACGCAUGAUACGAUUGAUGUUCACAAUCUCACGGUUGAUUUGGUGCCACUGGGACCGAAGAUGAUCGACAGCCAUUCCCCCCCAGUGUGAAAUGGUUUUGUUAAUUUCAUACACUGUUUCGACACUCGGCUAAAACCCUCCAAUAGGAAGCGGGCAAAUUCACGCGACUGCUAAAGUACAGUAGUAGCGAUGUUGAAACCUAAACAUGUUCACAGAUACAAAAACAUUGCUCACAUCAAGCUUGUUUGACAGCGUUACACUAAUUGCUGUCGUAAGCAGUGUCGUACAUUUGCUGUUGAAUCACAGGUCUAUCGUUAGAGGAUCUUCAUCUCAGUGGCACAUGCUAAUCACGCACACUCAGAAUUCAGACAAGAGUUUUCUUUUAUUGAACUUCUCAUAAAGUGUGAUCUUUAAGCGCGCUGAAAUUGUACAGUCGAAAACUGGCCAACAUUUCAGUUAGCCUACUGACAUCUGUAUUACUGAUUACAAAAUAUUUUGCCAAGAUUUAACACGUAAGUGCAAUUUAGCAGUUAUCUGAUGCGGGAGCAGUGAUCUUCUUUUGUACGUUUUCAUAUCUGACGUACCGUUCCUCAAACCCGCCUCUGAUCCUCAGCAAUAUUAAAUAUUAAAGUGACCACAAAGUGUCCUUCCAGCUCCAUUCCAGCUGGGCUCGGUGACUCCGACAGAGUGUUUAAUUCUCAACCCCUGAAAAUGGUUCCUUCCUUCCUUCCACCUCUGUGUGCUCUCUACACCGACUCGCAGCUCCUUUUCCCUCCAAAGUGAAGUGCAGUUUCCCUCCACAGAGCUUUCAUCGUACAUGCUCAUGAACUGCUUCCUCUCACUGAUCGUGUGUGUGUGCACAUUCUGAGACUCCAAUCUGAGCACAAGUUUGGGAUUAAUUUAAUUAUUUGUAAUUUGAUGCUGAUAUCCAAAGAGUAAUCGUGUAUAAUAAUACAUUUAUAAUUUCUUUUAUAUAUCGACUGUACAGUAAUCGCUGUGGAAAGGAAAAAUAAAAGCAACUGAUUUACCAAACCGAC